AUGGUGAUGAUGCAAGGAAGGAGGGAGUUGUUGCAGGAUUUAGCUUGUGAUAUGGUUCAGGUUUGCCGCAUAGAGUUUGUCGUUAUUCGUAGAUUUUUUGAGCAGGGUAGCAGGAAUUGGCUUGUAGUGACGGUACAGUUUUGUUGGUUGGUCUGUAAACGGUUUGAUGAAACUGGCUUACAAACUCGUUCCCUUGAGUGUUGUUAG